CCAUCUUUUUAUAUGUGAUCUCUUGUUACAGGAUAGAAACACAGUGUGAUGGAAAUCUUCCUGCACAGGCUGGAGAAACAAUAUAAUGAUUGCAGCAAUUGCUGUGCAAUGAAUUGACUCAUAAGCAAGGGAAAGGGCGUCUGUAAGGGAGAGGGCGACUGCCCCACUUUCUCAGACCACCUUUAUACUGUUCAUCUAAAGCAGUGAGAAAAAGGAUCUCCUAUCUUCCCAGCACCAGUAUCAAGAACCUGGGUGGGUCAGAUAGACAAGAGGAAGUUCCUGUAACAUCCUAACUUACUGCACAAACUGUUCAAGUGGUUGAUACAGCUCUCAUUAUUUAUAAUUAUGUAGUGAACAGUGCAUUGUGGAACACAAAACAAAAUCAUGGUUAUACGGUACGGAGAAAUGGCUCAUCAGAAAAUGCAGGCAAAAUUUGUACACCACAGAGCUUUUGAAGAGUCAUUGAAGAGAUUUUUCUGUUAGUGACUGGUCAAACAUUUGGGUUAUGCACCUCUCCAUCAAGUACAGCAUGCAAUUUAUUUGUGGUUUCAUUCCAUAUUCAAACCAGGAAACAUGACCACUACCACUGCUAACUUGCUGUUACCUGUAAUAUGUACAAACCACUCUGCACAUAGUCCUUUGCAUAUCAGAUCUGGCUAUAGACCAGCAAAAGCGAUGAGUGCAGAUUUUCUUGUGUGCUCAUAUCACCCACACAUACACGCUCACAUACGCUCACACGCUUUACACACCACAUGCAGGCAUAAACAGAUUUUAAAAACCUGCAGACUGAAUACAUUAAAUUCUUCCCCAUCUAUAAAGGCAUAAAGUUUACCCAGUAAACCAGUAUCGUCCCAUCACCUGCUUUUUUGAGUCAGCCCCAGGCAUUACCAUCAACCAACUGCUUUUAUGGUUUUAUGAUUUAAACCUCAUUUCAUUUAAGGAGAUUAAGCUGGACCUGGAUGGGCACAGCUUCCUGAAAAGCUCAAUUAUUCUGAACCAUUUCACUAAAGGGGUCAGAUACAGCCUUCCCUUCUGUCGUUUGCACUGAAGGCAAUUAAAUCGGGACCUAUCCUGCUCCAUUAAUGACGCCUGGGUACUCACUCUGUCCACAUCAAGCCAAUCCCUCCAAAUGCACUAACCAGACACCUUUAAAACCAGACAUGUGGCGCACACCCUUAGCUACACUAGAUGGACAUCAUCACGCUGUUUUCACCUUAUCUCUGGAUGUUUUUGGCUCUCUCACUUUCAACGUUACAUUGGAUUACUUCGAAAAAAUCUGUUAUUCACCUGAGGAUUUCAGUCCACUAAAACACAUAACAGAAGUGUCUUUAGAAUAAGGCCUUUUACAAGAUUUUCUUAUGCUCUGCAACAACAGAAAGGAUGGGCUUAUUUUCUGUUUUUGACUGCAUCUCCUUGACUGUGUGCUCUUUCACCUUCUUGCUCGGACUCCCUGCCAACCUCCUGGUUUUCUUCAUGUACAUUCACAAGGCUAACAGACGUGGCGGCACUCCAAAUGUCGUCUAUGGGAUCAACUUGUGCUUAUCCAACCUGGUUUUGGUUGCCUGGAUGCCUGUAAAGGUUGUUGAGAUGCUUCUCCAGAGCUGGAUGCUUCCAGAAUUGCUCUGCCCUAUCUACAACUUUUUUCUGUUCGCCUCGCUCUAUGGCGGGGGGCUCCUGCUCACCGCCGUGGCAGUCGGACGCUACCUGAGCAUUGCCUUCCCCAUCACCUACAAACUUUACCGCCGGGCUCGUGCCUCCUGCCUUGUUUGCGCCCUCUUGUGGACCAUCGUGCUCUUGCAUCAGAGCUUCACCUUCAUGGCAGAGAAAGGCGGCUAUGUUGUGUGUCUGGACCAGCGCAACACAUCCAGGUGCUACGAGAACUUCACGCAGGAGCAGUUGGACGUGCUGGUGCCACUCCGACUAGAGAUGGCACUGCUGCUGUUCGCGGUGCCACUGCUGCUGUCGGCAAUGUGCACGCUGCGCUGCCUGGCGCUUGUGCGGCGCUCGCGCCUGCCAGCCGGCGGCAAGCGGCGCGUGCUGGCCGCCGAGCUCUUGGCGCUCGCAGCGUUCGUGGUGUGCUACGCGCCGUAUAACGCCUCGCACGUAGCGGGCUUCGUACAGAACGGCAACGUGGAGUGGAAGCGCGUGGCUCUCAUCCCCAGCUCCUGCAACGUCUUCCUGGAUCCCAUCAUGACGCUGAUGCUGUCGCCGCCGGUGACCGGGGGUCUGGUGGGAUGGCUGUGUAGGAAGCGAGCACCGCAGCACCGGCGCACGGCCGUAGUAUCUGCAAAGGACCCGCAGAUGGGCUGUCAGUCUGGCAAAGCCGACAAAAAUACAGAAGCCUCGUCAGCGAGAGAGACUUAAUAAGAUAGAAACAUCUGAGUGGACCCACGGAUGACUCAAAGAACGAAUGGGAGUUAAGGUAAAACUGGUGGCAAAUGGCAGGUGUGCAACAUCGCAGGAGACCUGCCAGUUCAUGAGAGACAGAUCACAGAGACGCUGCACAGACAGAUGUGAAAAGAAAGUCUAGGGAUAUAUUAUAAAUGUUUGGGAGUACGAAAACAGUGGAGAACCUAAGAAACAUGCAUAACAUACAUUUUUGUUUGUCUUCAUAC